AGGGCAAACCUCCUUGUAGGGAGUGAGACAGAAAUAGAGAGAAGACAUGUUUAGAUGGGCACUUUCAGCAGGUUUGUGUGUCAGUUUGCGUGUCAACAGAGCAGUGGGCGGGGGCCACCCGACAGAGCUAUGCCGAAGAGAAAGGCGGUGUCACCUUCACCGUCCCUGGAUCCUGCAGAUCCAUGCGCGGUUGGCCAAUUCUGGCUGACUGAGGAUGAAGUAAUAUGAUCCGGGAGAAGAUGAUGAAGAUGAGAAAAACUUGGAGGUGGGACGUGGAGGAGAGAACAAAAAGAGGGUGAAGCAGAAGGAGGCAGAGGCCAAAGAGGCCAAAGCGAAGGAGAGGCAGGCGAGAGAAGCCGCGAAAGCGGCAGAGAAGGCUGCGAAAUUGAUGUGUUCGACCAGGAAUCAGACACUGACACUGACAACAGAACUGAGGUGCCGCGCCAGAUGGGGAUUGCCUCGCCCUGGUCUCCGUGCGACUAACAAGAACGCAAUUUUCUGGCCAGCUUGACAGUACAGGUCUCCGAGGAUCGUGUGGGGCCCCUCAGUCCGAGGGUACACAACACCUUCCGCGCAGCAUGUCGUCUGACUGUCGAUUUGGCAGGCCUAUUUUUUUGGGGUUGUUGGCCGCCAACCGAAGACCAUCCCAACAAGAUUUGUUUUGCAGGUGCCUGUGACGUUUGAAGUUGAAGGAUCGCCGAUGCGCCGUCAUUCGUGCGUUCUGUUUGUGGCCAAUGUCUUCCCCAGUACAACGUUCAGGGAGCAGACUACACCUUGCCAAUUGUUAGAGAACGGAGACCUAUGAGACUCUAUUCUACGCCAGCGAAGAUCACCGGAUUUCUUAAGCACUAUUUGUGAAGGGCAAGAGCACCAGCUUCGGUGGGUCUCCUGGGGGAUCCUUGACCGUCCACCUGGCGAUUCAUCGCUUGACCUCGCAUGGUGGAUUUGAAGGCUGGUAAUUAGUAAGUAUAAAUGAGUGACCAACAAUUUCACUGUGGGUCAAAACGUCAAAACCGCUUUCCCCUCCAUGUCACCGAUGGAUAGGUUGGCAAUAAUGACCAAGAGGAUUCUCAUUAAUGAGGGCUGUCUAUCAACUAGGGCUGUCUGGGCACUGUGACACAACCAAAUUGAUGGGAAGUUGGCCUCUAAGUCUUUGGGUGAACUCGCUUUUCGACAAAAUCAAGGUAGCAAGGUGGUUCUGCUUACCCUGAAACUGUUCUUGUGUGAAGGGUGUCAGCCAAAAGAUUCACCUCGACUCGAUUUGGAGUCGAGUUUCGACGUGGCUUUUGCUGCUCAGAUCAGAAGAUUAAUUCAUAUCUUCAGCGACGUUGCAGCUUGGCCGUGGGAAGGGUUGCAGGUCAACCAAGGUUUGCAAGCAAUUGCUGUAGGUGGCCCUUUGCCAUCACAUUUUCCGACAAUCGAAGAGAACCUUCAAAGAAUUGAGGGCUGCCCCAGGGGCCGUCCACGCAGUCUUAUAGAUUUGAUAAUAUGAUUUGAUUGUUGGAGGAAUGAGCCGCGGUUUUGGGUUGGACUCGUUGUGCCGCAGGCCAAUCAUGGAGGUAGCUUAAACCGUGGGUGGAGGGAAUUCCUUCUCUUCUAAGACCGUGCUUUGGGGAGAUCCAAACGGAGCCCGCCUUGAUUUGCAUUGCAGGUCUCAUCAACACUGAGUACCUAGCUAACAUAUAUGCUGCUCUUUUUUCUUCAAACUAGACCUGUGGCACGCUACGAUGUCCGAAACCAUUCCGCUCGGAGUCAAUCUCGUCCCUCAGUGCUACCAGCCACAAGAGGCAUAACUGGACCGUCUCCAAUCCCCUCCGGUCCACAACCGCCAAGCUGUGCAAUGUCUUGAGGCGGAAGAUGUCCAUACCAAUGAGCCCACUGUGAACAUCGACAACAUGUGCCGGAGACGGCGCGCAGGCUUCAAAGACAUUUUGCAACACAUGGUGGAAGAGACACGCACCGAAAGGGCACGGGAACGCGAAGAAGCUGAGGCAGCAGCAGGAACAGCCGCUGAUGAACAAGUGGAAGCCGCUCCACCAAAUCAGGAAGUUGCAAGCGCUCCAACCACUACUGCAGACCCCGCACGGGAGCCUUUGCCACAUCCGCCAGAGGACGAGCUUUAUCGGAAUGAAGAAGAACUGAAGAAUUUCCUCGAUGAAUGCGAGGAAUGGAUCCGAGACUGGUGA